GAGAAGAGGCCGCGGGAAGAGAGGUGGUGUGAGAUCCGCGGAGGCGCCGGCCAAGGAAGGGCGCAUGGAGAGGCGUGCGGCGCGAACGGCCGGGUGCUGGCCAUUCAGGCCCGAAAGCGGAGGCCGAAAAGAGAGAAACAUCCGAAAAAAAAUCAAGCAGAAGAUUGAGCUGCUGAUGUCAGUUAACUCUGAGAAGUCGUCCUCUUCAGAAAGGCCGGAGCCUCAACAGAAAGCUCCUUUAGUUCCUCCUCCUCCACCACCACCACCGCCACCACCACCUCCGCUGCCAGACCCAACACCCCCAGAGCCAGAGGAGGAGAUCCUGGGAUCAGAUGAUGAGGAACAGGAGGACCCUGUGGAUUACUGCAAAGGUGGCUAUCAUCCAGUGAAAAUUGGAGACCUCUUCAAUGGUCGCUAUCAUGUCAUUAGAAAGCUAGGAUGGGGGCACUUCUCUACUGUCUGGCUGUGCUGGGAUAUGCAGGGGAAAAGAUUUGUUGCAAUGAAGGUUGUAAAAAGUGCCCAACAUUAUACAGAGACAGCCUUGGAUGAAAUAAAAUUGCUCAAAUGUGUUCGAGAAAGUGAUCCUAGUGAUCCAAACAAAGACAUGGUGGUCCAGCUCAUUGAUGACUUCAAGAUUUCAGGCAUGAAUGGAAUACAUGUAUGCAUGGUCUUUGAAGUGCUUGGCCACCAUCUCCUCAAGUGGAUCAUCAAGUCUAACUACCAAGGCCUCCCAGUUCGUUGUGUGAAGAGUAUCAUUCGACAGGUCCUUCAAGGUUUAGAUUAUCUACACAGUAAGUGCAAGAUCAUUCAUACUGACAUAAAGCCGGAAAACAUCUUAAUGUGUGUGGAUGAUGCAUAUGUGAGAAGAAUGGCUGCUGAGGCCACUGAGUGGCAGAAAGCAGGUGCUCCUCCUCCCUCUGGAUCUGCAGUGAGUACGGCUCCACAGCAAAAACCUGUAGGAAAAAUAUCUAAAAACAAGAAGAAAAAACUGAAAAAGAAACAGAAGAGACAGGCUGAGUUACUGGAAAAACGCCUACAGGAGAUAGAGGAAUUGGAGCGAGAAGCAGAGAGAAAAAUAAUAGAAGAAAAUAUCACUUCCACUUUACCAUCCAACGAGCAAGAUGAUGACUACCACCCAGAGGUGAAACUAAAAGAAGCAGAAACACAGGAGGCAGCUGAGGAGGAGACUGUGAAAGAUAAUGGUGAAGUUGAGGACCAGGAAGAGAAAGAAGAUGCUGAGAAAGAAAACGUUGAGAAAGAUGAAGAUGAUGUUGAACAGGAACUUGCAAACAUAGACCCUACAUGGAUGGAGUCCCCCAAAACCAAUGGCCAUAUUGAGAAUGACCCAUUCUUACUGGAACAGCAACUGGAAGAUGAAGAGGAUGAUGAAGAUGACUGCCCAAAUCCAGAGGAAUAUAACCUUGAUGAGCCAAAUGCAGAAAGUGAUUACACAUAUAGCAGUUCCUAUGAACAAUUCAAUGGCGAAUUGCCAAAUGGACAACAUAAGAUUCCAGAGUCACAGUUUGAAGAGUUUUCCACAUCCUUGUUCUCUGGGCCAUUAGAACCUGUGGCGUGCAGCUCUACAAUUUCAGAGGGAUCACAACUUACUGAGCAAGAGGAAAGCAGUCCAUCCCAUGACAGGAGCAGGACGGUUUCAGCCUCCAGUACUGGGGAUUUGCCAAAAACAAAAACCCGGGCAGCCGACUUGUUGGUGAACCCUCUGGAUCCACGCAAUGCAGAUAAAAUUAGAGUAAAAAUUGCUGACCUGGGAAAUGCUUGUUGGGUGCAUAAACACUUCACAGAAGAUAUCCAGACGCGUCAGUAUAGAUCCAUAGAGGUUUUGAUAGGAGCAGGCUACAGUACGCCUGCAGACAUUUGGAGUACAGCCUGCAUGGCAUUUGAGCUGGCAACAGGAGAUUAUUUGUUUGAACCACAUUCUGGGGAAGACUAUUCCAGAGAUGAAGAUCACAUAGCCCACAUCAUAGAGCUGCUAGGCAGUAUCCCAAGGCACUUUGCUCUAUCUGGAAAAUAUUCUCGGGAAUUCUUCAAUCGCAGAGAUCACAUAGCAUUGAUCAUUGAACUGCUGGGGAAAGUCCCUCGAAAAUACGCUAUGUUGGGGCAAUAUUCCAAGGAGUUUUUCACCAGAAAAGGAGAACUGCGGCACAUCACCAAGCUGAAGCCCUGGAGCCUCUUUGAUGUACUUGUGGAAAAGUAUGGCUGGCCCCAUGAAGAUGCUGCACAGUUUACAGAUUUCCUGAUCCCAAUGUUAGAGAUGGUUCCAGAAAAACGAGCAUCAGCUGGCGAAUGCCUUCGACAUCCUUGGUUGAAUUCUUAGCAAAUUCUACAAAUAUAGCAUUCUGAGCUAGCAAAUGUUUUCCAGUACAUUGGACCUAAACGGUGACUCUCAUUCUUUAACAGGAUUACAAGCAAGCUGGCUUCACCCUCAGACCUUUAUUUUGCUUUGAGGUACUGUUGUUUUGACAUUUUGCUUUUUGUGCGCUGUGGUCCUGGGGAAGGUUAGUCUCUUGUCUUCAACUAAGUAGUUUACUGACCAUUUUCUUCUGGAAACAAUAACAUGUCUCUAAGCAUUGUUUUUUUGUGUUGUGUGACAUUCAAAUGUCAUUUUUUUUUGAAUGAAAAAUACUUUCCCCUUUGUGUUUUGGCAGGUUUUGUAACUAUUUAUGAAGAAAUAUUUUAGCUGAGUACUAUAUAAUUUACAAUCUUAAGAAAUUAUCAAGUUGGAGCCACGAAAUAGCAAGGAAAUGUACACUUUUAUCUUCUGGCAAAGGGACAUCAUUCCUGUAUUAUAGUGUAUGUAAAUGCACCCUUGUAAAUGUUAAUUUCCAUGAAAUAUGGGAUGGGGACUCAAAGUUCAGAAACGCUACCAAGUCCUGAGCGCUUUAUAGCCUAAGUUGCAUGUAGCAGACUUUCUGCUGCUCCAAGGAGUUGUACAAACUUUUCAUUCCAUAACAAUCCAUUUACAUUGGAUUUCAAAUGAGGUGGCUCUGGAUUAUAAGAUAUCAUUCCUUAUAUGGCACAUUAAAGGAAGACAAGAGAAUGCUUCUCAUUCUAAAAUAUUCAUUAUAAUUUAGUAGUCCCAUUAGUAUUUUUGCCUAUUUUUAGAAGUGAUUUUCCUUUAAAAUUGUGAUGGCCCAGUACCAUGUAGUGUUGCUUCCUCCAAGCACUGUAAUGUUAAAUAUGUAGAGUAAAUGGGUCAAGAGAAAAGUGUUCAGUGUGUGGGAUAAAAAUACAUAUAUUUUGGGAGAAGCAUGGUUGAGUUUGUGUAAAGUUAUGGUUUAUACAAUUUACAGUGCAGUGGGCCAAAAACUCCUCACAGCUGAAAGGUAAUGGUGAUCAUGUUCAUUCCAUAGACAGCUUUCUGUGUUGGCUAUAGCAAAUUUUACUCACUUUUUCAGUCUCUCCUUGAAUGAGAAAAUGGUUUCCCUUUGCAGGAUGCACACAGUUCUUGUUCAUGCAUUUCCUUAAAAUUGUAGAACCCAGGACACAACCCAUUAGUAGGCAAUACAAGUUUAGAAUGUAAUAUAUAGAGGUAUACUUAGCCUCAUCUAGAAGUCAGUGGAUUGAAUGUCUUUUUAUUUAAAAUUUUACAUUUAUUAAGGUGCCUCAUUUUUCUUGACUUUGUCCAUUAACAUUUAUCCAUAUGCCUUUGCAAUAACUAGAUUGUGAAAAGCUUAAAAAGUGUUGUAACAAUAAUCCAUUGUUUGGGGUGCUUGCAGUUGUCUCAAAAAUUAAAGUGUUUUGGUUUUUUUUUCCAGACAUUGCCUUGGUCAUUGCCCUGUAUUUGAAGUGAUACAACCAAUGAACAUUUGCUAUCAGUUUAGUGUCACUAAAACUAAAGGAAAUACCAACAUUCCUGAUGCAGCAAAUGUAGUUGUAUAACAUACAUUAAUGCCUAUGGAGUCAUUUAUGGUUUUUUUUUUUUAAGGCCAGAGAGAUUUAGGAAAGAUAUGCUACAUUAUAAUUCAUUAUAUGCAAUAUCAGUGGUCCUUUUUUUAUGUUUCAUCAUGCCACAUACUUCUCUGUGAGUUAGCAUUGUAUCACAUAUUGCUGUGAGGUAGAAUGUACCUUGUGCUCAUUUAUGAGAUGUGCAUGAAGUGUUUCUAAUGAAAUUAUAGGUUUCCAGGUAGAUUAUACAGCAGAUGGUGGCUGUAGACCAGUUUUACUAUUCAUAGUUUCCAUAGGAAACAUUCUUAUAAGAACCACUGAGUAAAUUUAUGUCUUCCUUAUAAGGAUUUUUACCAGGGUAAUAGUAUACUUGAAUGAAAUUUGCAGGUUUGGGCCAUGAUGGAAAAUAAAGUAAAUUGAGUUUUACAAAGAUGGUUAUCAUUAUGAUAUAAAUAGCUUAGAAACAGGUCUUCUAGAAGGAAUAUGCAUUUGUAGUAAGUACCAUAUAGUUUCAGCAGAUUUUUGGUGGCUUGUUAAAAAAUAUAUAUAAUUUAAAGGAGAAAAAUUGGUUAUGCCAAACUUUAUAUUUCUCCAGCUCAGCAAUUUUAGUUGAAUAUCCUAUCUUUCCCUUUCUGUGAUCCAUGUGCUUCUUCAUGGAAAAUUACAAGAUUUAGGUCAUAUAUUUGAUUGAAACAGAUUCAGAAGCCUGAUAUCUGAAAACUGGCAGAUAGAACUGUCCCCCAAACAGAGACAGUGGAUAUGAAGAGCUUCAUAAAAACUACUUGCUCCUUCUUGUACCUGGACCACAUAGGACUUAACAGGAUAAAGUAAGGAAACUUUUCCCUUGGAGUAGAGAACUUGUUUCUAUACAUGAAAUUAUUAAGUUACUCUUUUUCUCUUAUUGUUUUAUAAUGCAAGUUUGGUAGAGGACAGUAUUUGAGUAAAAAUUAGUUAUUUAAUAUGCAUUUUACACAAAAGUUUCUGUAUACAAUCCUUGUGUAGUAUGCCUAUUUGAAACUGAGGAAUUAAAAAAUUUUAAAGUGUAGUCCUUUUAAAGAGAGGAAUGUUGAUAUUUCAUAUAUACUAGUUAACCUUGUUCUAUGUUUCGAUCAGGGGUUGAAUGAUGUAAAGCCAUUUUUUUCUCAGACAAAUACUUCUUUAGUGAAUAUAGUAAGUAGAAUUGUGUUUGAUAAGUCUAGGAUGGCUUGACUUAUGUUCUUUUAAAGAAAACAUGAAGCUGAUUAGGAUUAAACCCUAAAUGAGUUGUAAUAACAUACCAUCAUUAGCUAAUGAAAAUGAAAAUUAAAAUGAUAAAACAUGACUUAAAAUACUACCAAAUCUCAUUCAGUCAUUUUUUAAGUCUUGUUUACUUUUUCCUGAUGCACAAGAUUUGCAUACUGUGCCCAACUUAUGUCAAGUAUUUGGAUGAUAAAAAAUUAUGUUAACAAACAGUGUCACUGCUAUUGGAUUUGACUAUUACUCCUGAGAGAUAGAUAGAAGGCAAAGGCUGGGAAUUUUUAUUGUUGUUUUUUUUUUUUAAUAGACCUAUCAUUUUGUAUUUCAGCAAUAAAAUAACUUCCUUGAGAGGUCAUCUUUAUUUUACUUGAGAGAUCUAAGGAUGUCUUUUUCCUUUAAUUGUAUAUACUCAAACUAAAUUUAAAGAAAUAAUUUCCCAUGACUUAAAAAGUCUCAGUUAUAUAUUAAACAUUAAAGUUUUCAGAUCAGUUUUGAUUUCAGUCAUGUUCUAAAAUGUACAAAUUAAGAUAUUCCUAUGUAUUGCAAACUACUUUUUAAACAACUGUUGUAAAUUGCAGUUUUGUUACUAUCAUGUGUUAUGCAUUAGUGGUUUGGUUUCAAUUUAUAUAAUGUAUAUACUUAAGUAAAUUUACAUAGCAUGACUGUUUUAAGUAAUUUCCAGUGGCUUUUGCUCCUGAAAAAAAAACUAAGUAGGAACCAUUUUAGAAAGUAAUCAAUGGUAGCCUCUAGCUACCAUUCAACUUGAGGUAGUAGUUGCUAAAGAAAAUUGAAGGUUCCUUCUUCACAUUAUUCCUUAAGUUUUGUAAAAAACAUUUAAGCUGUCCCCAAUCUUAGAAGUUGUACAGCACAAUUUGGUAAAACUGACAUAAUUGUGAUUUAUUAACAUGAAUUAAAAUGCCCAACCAGUGCUUCAAUGUGACAGUAUAUUUAAAAUAAAAAAGGAAAGUAAAGGCCAUAUACUGUACUACUUUUCACAAAGAUCACACAGUUUUGCAAAAGACUUGUCAUAUGUACAAUGCUAUAUAUCAAAUGAAAAAAGCGUAAGCAAUUAUAUACGCAAAAGAAAUGCAGUAUUUACAGUUUGCCAGGAGACAUUAGAAAUCAUCUAUACAUUAAAUUACAUUUUGCUUGCAAAUAACUGAUAAAAACAAAAUGAGCCAUGUCCACACCAAACUAUAAAAAUCUGUAUUGCAUUUUAUACCUAAGAUGCACUCACAGAACUGACCC